AUGCCGCUCAGAAGCUCUUACUAUCGGUCGAACGCUGCGACUAGUUUAAGACUGUGCGCUCUGGCCGAUAUUGACAUUGCUGUCGCCGAAAUCACGCCUCAUGUGUCCGGCUCGGUGGCGUUUGAUGUUCUAUUCCACGUUGCCCGAAGUCUCUGCAGCGUGAUUGGAUUGUAUCGACCAGGUACCGGAGAUCUGGUUUCGGGCUUAGAUUUGGGAUUCCCUGACGACUCUGCACAUCUUUACCACGCCACGGCCAUCCUCUCCCAUCGUCUCAAGACCUUCACCUCCUUGCCAGCUCCCGCUCCCUCGCACUUCCGCCAGCAGCUCUCCUCGUUUCAGGUGAUUCGAUGCAUGCGGGAUCCCGCGCGUCUUACGGGCUUUGAAGACGCGCGCCAGGAUUUUGACACCGCCUGCGACGUCUUGCAGACGCUGCGCCGCACGUGGGCGUCAGCCGAUGCGAUGGCGUCGCUGGAGUACCGAACCUUCACCGCGCUGAUCGAACUGCCCAGCCUGGACGUGCUUCGGGUCAACCGCAAUGGCCGUACAGAACCGCAGCCUUCGGACAUUGAUACUAGACUUACUGACCCGACCCAAGCCACAGGGUCGGUGGACCGCCCGGUGGAAGCCUUGUCAUCCGUCAUGGACCUGUUCGCGGGCAUGAAUGAUGUGUCCUGGAUGUUUCUCGACGCAGGAAAUCCCACUGACCUCAGCAGUCUGCCGCUUGGGGAUAUUUGA